AUAAAUUACGAUUUAAGUAGUACUUUAAAACUUAUGAUAUAUGUUGUGGUUAAGUAUGUUCUGCUUUAUUGUUCGACCAAUCGUUUUAGUAAGCUUUCCAUCCUAGCAUACAUUCUUUUUAUAAGGUUCAUUAUCAACACUACCGUCAUCAUCUUAGCGAUCAACUUGGAUGUUUCCAACCCAUUGAUGGGAAUUUUUGAUGUCACGACUCACUAUUCACAGUUUUCAGCUCUCUACAAUUCUUCAGUUAAUAGUUUUUUGCUCUGGAUAACUUUUAUACGUUGCUCGGCCAUUGGGAUGAUAUGGGAAUCCAGGGUUGGGUUUGAAUUUGGUUUUAUCAGGAUGGUAUUUAAAUCUGUUACAUUUGAAGGAAAGUCGAAAACAAGUGCCACUAUUUCUUUUUAUGUUUAUAACCAAUUCUAGCAGCUGCCAAAACUCUUCUUCAACUGCUUUGAAAAACAGAGGAAAUUUCUUUCAUUUGUGUUGAGCCCGUUUCUGUGGAAUUUGGCUUAAUUGAAAGAAGAAUGAGCAAUAAAAGUGAGCAUAGAGUGUGAGAGGACGCGUAAAGGGGAAACAUAUGCUUUUUCUUCCUUUUUCACUUUAUUAAUUUCAUUAUGCAUUUUAAGCAUUAUCACUAGAUGUAAGCUUAAAUUUUCUGAUUUUUUUCCCUUUCAUUAAUUCAAAUUUUUACAUAGAUUGUUUUGGAUGUUCACAAAUUUUUCUGGAAAAAUUUGUAUAGUGAUGCUUUUGCCAUUCUCAUUAAAAUUAUCUUUGGGAUCCUUGUCGCAUGAUUUUUGGAUUUGGCAGCACUGGUUACUCUUAAAUUCUUUCCUUUACUUAUAAAAAAAAAUAAAAAAUCCUUUCCUUUUCCUGGUCCAUCUCUUAACUUUUCUUGAUGAUUUGAUUUCUAGUAUAUGUUAGGUAAGGCGUCAAUUUAUAUAAUUUUAUGUAGGUACAAGUAAUGCACGUUGGCAUCAAUGUCUAUAAGCUGUUUAUUUUCAUGAAUACCACAAUUCUUAGCUGAUAUCAGUCUGUUGCCUGAACAUUCGAUCGCUAGGAACAUGAUAAGAUUUCAGGAGCUCUGCAUUUGAUGCCUAGUGGUUGCGACAAGAAGGCACUGAAGAGAUUACUCGGCUGUUACAUUCUACAUAGUUUUUGCAUUAUAAGUUGUGCUACAAAUCUGGAUCCGAUGGACCUGAAAUCAUCCCAUGCUGCUCCUGUUCUUACCGAUCCUGUUUCGAUAAAUAAGUCAAGACUUGGCAUUCAUUCCAGUCUGCUGCCUUAUUCACCUCAACGAGCAGCUUUCUCUCCAGGCCUUCUCCUGAUAAUCCCAAGGAAGAAGACCGGAAUACUUGAUGACUUCCGCACUAGCUGCUGGCUGGAUGCCAUGAAGUCUUCAUCUCCUCCUCCCAAGAAGCUAACCAAGGAUGAGUAUUCAUCAUCUGAUGCUGAUGUUGCGUACAAUGCCUGGAUGGCUAAGUAUCCAUCAGCAAUUGCAUCUUUUGAGCAGAUUGCAAACCACGCAAAAGGAAAGAGAAUAGCAUUGUUUCUGGAUUAUGAUGGGACACUUUCCCCAAUUGUAGAUAAUCCUGACUGUGCAUUCAUGUCUGAGGCUAUGCGUGCUGCUGUAAAAAAGGUGGCAAAAUACUUCCCGACAGCAAUAAUUAGUGGAAGAAGCCGUGACAAGGUGUAUGAGUUUGUAGGGCUAACAGAACUUUAUUAUGCGGGUAGUCAUGGAAUGGACAUCAUUGGCCCUGUUAGAGAAACUAUAUCUGAUGACCAUCCGAAUUGUAUUAGAUCAAUGGAUGAGCAGGGCAAGGAAGUUAAUUUGUUCCAGCCUGCUGGUGAAUUUUUAUCUAUGAUCAAUGAGGUUUUUAGAUCCCUUGUUGAAUGUACCAAAGAUAUUAGAGGAGCAAAAGUUGAGAAUAAUAAGUUCUGCGUCUCUGUACAUUACCGUAAUGUAGAUGAGAAGAGUUGGACUGUAGUAGCCCAAUGUGUCCAUGAUGUUCUAAAAGACUACCCACGUCUUCGUUUGACUCAUGGUCGCAAGGUUUUAGAGGUCCGUCCUGUGAUCAAUUGGGACAAGGGGAAAGCUGUCACAUUUUUACUUGAGUCACUUGGGUUGGGUCACUCUGAUGAUGUGCUCCCAAUAUAUGUUGGAGAUGACCGGACUGAUGAAGAUGCAUUUAAGGUUCUGAGAGAGGGCAAUCGGGGUUACGGCAUUUUAGUCUCUUCUGUACCCAAGGAAAGCAGUGCAGUUUACUCGCUGAGGGACCCAUCAGAGGUCAUGGAGUUUCUCAACUCACUGGUAACAUUGAAAAAAUCAAGUGCUCUAUAAAUAUUUUAUAGGAUGGCAAAGAAGAUAUUACUCUAACAUACGUAUACAGUAAAGACAGCCUACAACAACAUGUUUUGAGCUUUCUAGAGUAUAUACGAAGAGGUUUUGGAGCAUAGUUUUCGUUUCUUCAGGGGGACUUUAUAUUUGGGUUUUCUUUCUAGUAUUGGUUGUGCCUGCCAUAGAUGUUUCUGCUCAAAGCUUCUUGUCUUAAAAAUUGUAUAUAUUCCUUGCUCUGAUUAUCUUCCCGAUACUGGCACUGAAGUUGCCUUCAAAUCAUCAUAUACAAGUGUAUCAAUCAUUCAUUAGUCCCUCAGUUUUGGUCAGAGUACAUCUCAUCUCCUUUUGGGGUAUAUUAUGUAUAAUAGAAAUAAAUAUUUUUU